GGCUGGCGGGCAACUAUUAUAUAAGGGCCGUAUCGCAGACUUUAUUUUGGCCCCAAAAAUAUUAAUAACUUCAAUUACACAAUGGCUCCUCCUAAAAUCGCUAUCAUCUACUACUCGUUGUACAAACAUGUGUACAAGAAUGCCUUGGAAAUCCAAAAGGGCAUUGAAUCUGCCGGUGGAUCUGCCCAGGUGUUACAAAUCCCUGAGACUUUACCACCCAAUGUCUUGCAGUUGAUGCAUGCCCCUGAAAAGCCAUCGUAUUCUGAAAUCCCAGAAGCCAAAGUCAGUGAUCUCACUGAGUAUGACGCUUUUGUGUUUGGUAUUCCAACAAGAUACGGUAACUUCCCAGCUCAGUGGAAAUCGUUUUGGGACCAAACUGGUAGCUUAUGGGCCCAGAGCAAAUUACACGGUAAGCCAUUUGGUUUAUUUGUUUCUACAGGAACUCCAGGUGGAGGACAAGAAUCCACUUUCAUGAAUGCUUUGUCUUCAUUUAUCCACCACGGUAUGGUUUACGUGCCAUUGGGUUAUGGUGAAGCCUUCCCAUUAUUGACCAACUUGGAUGAGGUCCACGGUGGUUCCCCAUGGGGUGCUGGGACUUUUGCUGGAGCUGAUGGCUCCAGACAACCCACCGAGUUGGAGAAGCAAAUUCACCAAAUUCAGGGUAAGAACUUCUAUAAGACUUUGGAAGCAUUGAAGAAAUAGACCAGUAUUUAGAGGAAACUACCAUUGGGUGGAAUGUUCAGUAUUCGCGAGCACCGAUAUAGUAAUCCACAGUUUGUUUUAUCGACGAUUGUAGAAACGCACCGAGAACUAGAAUACGCCAAUGAGGUAUUGACCCCGUGUACUAUGCCACAGGGUCACGGGUGUAUGAUAUUACUGAGCCAAUUGUGUCCUCAAGUUACUCCUAAAUUCCUAUGCCUAAUGCCUUAGUAAUCUCAACCUUAGCCGUAAUUCGGUCGUGUGGCG